AUGGAACGCCUGGAUUGUCAUGUACAAAAUUAUGAUUGGGGCAAAAAGGGAACAAAGAGCGAUGUUGCAAGAAUAUAUGCAGCCGGGCACAAUGCUGUCAUUGAUGAAAAUAAGUGUUAUGCUGAGUUAUGGAUGGGAACUCAUCCAGAUGGGCCGGCUCGAUUGAAAAAUUCACAAGUAAAAUUGUCUACCUUCAUUGCUGAUGGCGAGACACUACGUCAUGGUUGUCCCAAUGAAAAACAUCUUCCAUUCAUUAUGAAGCUCAUGAGCGUUGAAAAGGCGUUAUCACUUCAGGUGCAUCCAACAAAGCAACAAGCAGCAGAACUAAAUGACCGUGAUCCAAUUCAUUAUCCAGAUCGUAACCACAAGCCAGAAUUAGCAUUUGCAUGGACCAGAUUUGAGCUACUAUGCGGGUUUCGACCUGCUGCGCAAAUCUCUAUUAACAUGUCAGCAUUUCCUGAACUAAAGCAACUAAUGGGUAAGGACACAUCCGAGGCGUUCCAAGUUCUAGUGGAUGCUGGAAUUUUAAAUGAAUGUGAAACGAUGAAAGCGGCUUUGGCUGUUUGUUUCAAGGAGUUUAUUGCAACGAAGGAUUCUGCAAAAAUUGCGAAGCUUAUUGAGAGCAUGCUGUCAAAGUUAGAUAGCGGAAUAAGAGGGUGCCUAAGUGAUGGUACUGCAAAUGUGAUCAAAAAAAUUGCUCAAGACUUUCCUGGUGAUAUAGGCUGUUUCUCACCACUAUUCCUCAAUCAUCUAAUUCUUGAGCCUGGUGAAUGCUGCUAUUAUGCUGCUGAAGAGCUUCAUGCAUACCUUUCUGGUGAAUGCGUUGAAUGUGUUGGAUGUUCAAAUAAUACAAUUCGUGCAGCGUGCACUCCUAAAUAUAUCGAUGUCGAGACGCUUUGUAAGAUUCUUAGCUAUAGAAUGACGGAUCCAUCGUAUUACAUAGUUAAGCCAGUUGUGUUAAAGGACUUCCCACAUGUCGUUGAAUAUGCACCAGAUUGCAAAGAUUUUACACUUCAUGAAAUCAAGGUAAGCGUUGCAACAACCGAUUCUCCACUACCGAUACCCUGCCUCGACUGUGGCAGCAUUAUGGUGCUCGUCGAAGGUGAAGCAAUAAUCGAAAAUUUGACAGAAAAGAAUAGCAGCAAGAAAAUUAUGACAGUUUCUAAAGGUGAUAUUAUAUACAUACAACCUCGCGCUCAGAUCUGCUUCAUUAAUUGUCUCAAGCCAACUGUUAUCUAUAGGACAUUUAGUUUUGAGGAGGGUCCAGAUCAUUCAAAACGAAAUCUUCUCGCUGACUCAGAAGUACAUAAAAAAAUCAAAGUACAAAGAAAAGGUCGAGCGAAAUAUCUUGUUGUUGAUGAAGAUGCGGAAAUAUUUGAUGUCGAGACUGAAAUGGAUGGAGUCUGUUGA